UCAUUUUCUAAAUUUUAUUUGUAAAAGUAAAUGUACUAGUCAUAGAUUAAAAUAAUUAAGAUUUAGUUGGUGUCCUAUGAUGAUAUUGGAAGAUAAUAUUGAUAUGUACGCCUUGGAACUAAAUAUAGAUCGAUAGGGUUUCCCUGCUAAACUAGGUCAUGUUUGCUAAACUAGGUCAUGUUGUACGUCAUCGGACUUUAGCUCCAUAUGAACUAGCGCCGACCCCAUGUGAUUGUUGUGAUUGAUCCUACAAGUUUAGUACAUAAACUUGGUGUCAGAAGUAGGAUUACAAAUUACCUAUAUUGAUGUAAUACCAGCAAAUGCCAUGCAACGACACUUGUAGCAAUAAGUCAGUCAAUAAAGAAGUUAAAUGCUGUUACAAAGUUGAUGAACAUUCAAAAUGGAUACCAGACCAUCAUAUGAUGAAGAUGAUGUGCUACAGGAAGGCAUACCCAGGAGAAGUAGCAGGAAGCCUGUGCCCUCCACUAAAAGAAAAGAAAACAUGGAGCAAAGAAUUGAGGAAAGAGACAGGUCUUGUUCUUGAAUGCGUAAGUGAUGAAGACAAAGACGAGGCUUAUGAGAUUUAUGAGCUGGAGGAAGAAAGGUGGCUGGCAGCCCAUGAUGACGAUGGAUCUGAAGAGGGGACAUAUUCAGCAAGUGGCAGUGAAACCUAAGGGGGAAAGCACAUUGACACACGUGGACUGGCUGGAGUGUUGAUGUUGCCCAAGGCAGAAAUGCAAAGAAGUAUACUGUUUUUAAGGUUAUACAAUCUUAAGGACCGAGGAAGCCAACUCCAUUAUCAUUUGAAGAAAAUAUCAAACAAAACUGGAAAACUUAUGUUCCUGAGUAUGACAUAUAAAAUGGCACCUAUUACAGUGAAAUGACAACCAAAUAGAAGGCAUGCAUGUUUUUUAACCAGACGGGUAGGUGUGCAAUUGAAAAGCAUGACUUUUUUAUGAUGAUUAUGAAACAAGGAUGAUCCAGAUGUACCAAAGAACAGAUUUAGUGAAUUUUUUAAUCAAAGGACUAAAUGUGAUACUCAUAUUGUAGAGGUUCAGUCUACAUGUUCAACAAGAUGAUGAAUGUUUCUGGUAAUUCUUGGCAAAUGCAAAACAUAAGGUGAAAAGUUGCAAUUAAGGUAAACUUGAAGAAGAUAUGCUCAGAAACAGAAUCGAUCAGACAUGAAAACACAAGGAAAGUAUUGCUAAGAGAAGACAAUUUUACACUGAUGAAAACAAUGAAAAUGUGCCAAAUUGAGUGUUUGGAGGAGGAUGCAAAGCACAGUUAACAGCAACCAGCAAGUCAGGUUUGAUAAGUAAACUUAGAAACUGGAAUGGUAGUCAUACUGGAGAUAAAAUGCCCAGGUUUUGGUAAAACCUGUCACAAGUGUGGAAAGCUAAAUCACUUUGAAGUAGCUUUCAAAAGUAAGCCCCAGAAAAGUAAAGUAACACCCCAAGAAAAUAAAGUUAUUCAAGAAGUGAAUACUGAUGGUGACACUGAACCAAAUUUUAACAUUGACACAGUGAGUGACCCACAUACAGCAAAGGAAUACUUAAUAAUUUUUAAGGGUCUCUGAACUGUUUUCUGCAUUUUUCUUAUUUAUAUUUGGAUAUAAUUCAAAGAACUCAUAAAAGCUGAUUUGCAACAUAACAUGCUAUUUCUGAACCUCUGUGACAUAAUCUUACGCAACCAAAUACACUCAAAAUUUCUACUCUAUAAAGAUUGGUAUUUUUUGGUAUUAAAAUCUCUACAGCCAGCUUAGUAAACUUAGGAGUGAGAAAGUUAACCUGGUUUACUUGCCUACUCAGGAGGAUCAGUUAGAUCUGCAUGCUCAUGCUUGAGUGAGGUGACAAUGAAUUUCAAUAGAUAUUCAUAGAACUGUUAAAAAUUGUUCUUUUUGGCAGUUGUACAGAUCAAAAUAUACAAUAUACACUGGUGCCUCAAAACCACUAUUUGAACAGAUCAUCCAUGGCAAAAGACAGAUGCUGUUUGGUGCAAGGCCUUUGAAAUAACCUGUUUUCUGACCUCUUUUACACCUUACGUGAAACCCUCUUUUUAAAAAUUUGAUUAAAGUAAAAUUUGUGUAAAUGUUUCAAUCCAGCCGUAAAAGUAAAUUUCCUGAAUGGUCUAUUUGUUCAUUCUAAUGAUAUCCCUUCUACAAAGAUUAUUCUCAUUUACCCUCUACCAGGGCCACAGAUUGAUUUUUCCCUAGAUAUUCACAAGUGUCUUUAGAUAAAUAGACAGUCAUUUUUCUAUCUCUGACCCUGUGCUGAAAUCUCUAGGUUGAUUAUAUGGCUGGUAAUUGUUCACAUAACUGCUCAGGCACUGCCACUUAAUAGGCCCAAGCCAAGUCCCCUUAAUAUAAUAGCAAUUAAGACAGUGAACUGCUCUGUAGUAACUGUAAAUCUCCUGUGGUAACUCCCUAAAGAGUGGGUACAAUGCCAUCUGCACUGGUGCAGAUUUAAUUUCUUCUAUCUGGCCAAAAGUUACAGGGUGGCUUUUGGAAAACCUGCCUAUAAUAUCUGCCACCCUGGAAGAGGGUAAUUCUAACUACUGAUUACAGUCAAGUCUUAGCACUAACUUGUCAUUACACAACUACUUUAUUCUAUGGAAGAAUAAAACAGCACAUGAAACCUUAGUGAACUGUAACAACACUCCAGAAUACAUCCGGUGUCCCCAUAAUCCCUGAGCUGCAUCUUGUUUGUGGAUGUUCACUUGGCCACUUCCUCUAGACC